AUGAGCAACACCCUGAACACGGUUCUGGAGCGCCUGCGGGCCUUUGGCAAUGACAAACUGGCGGAGCUCGAUUCACGGGCAGAGGCUCACAGGGGAUGGCUGAGAACAGCAGUGGAGGAGGUGGCCCAGCAGAUAGCCGCCCUGGCGCCCGCCUCAAAGAAGCAGCGGCUGAAUGGGCGGGGUGCUGCCAAGGUCACGGCGGCAGAGGAGCAGCCGGCUGAACCAACACGGGCCAGAAAGGGGCGGGGCAAAGCCGCCGCCGAGGAGCAGCUGGAGGAGCCCGCGGCCGAGCAUGCUGAUCAAGCAGAGCCGGAAGUGGUGGCCCCAGCAGAGGAGCAGCCGGAGAAGCCUGCAGCCCGCGGCGGCAGGCGUGGCAGGAAGCAGCAGCAGCAGGAGGAGGGAGCGCCACCUGCCGAGGAGCAGGCUGCACCUGAGCCCACAGAGCUGGAGCCUGCGGAGGAGAAGCAGCCCGCAAAGCCGGCGCCCCGGGGUGGCAGGCGGGGCAAGAAGCAGCCGCAGCCGGAAGCGUCAGCCGAGGAGCAGCCUGCUGAGGAGGCUGCAGAGGCAGAGCAAGAAGCGGUUGUGGAGCAGCAGGCCAAGCCAGCAGCCCGUGGCGGCAGGCGGGGCAAGCAGCAUCAGGAGGAGGCAGCCGCUGAAGAGCCUGCGCCGGAGCAGCCGGCCGCGGCAGCAGCUCGAACCUCGCGCGCCCGCCGCAAGCAGCCGGCAGAGGCCCCAGCGGAGGAGCCAUCUGAGGCUGCUGCUGCAUUAGAGACCGCAGAGGGCGCCGCAAGUGGCCGCAGCACCCGCACCCGCCGCGGCCCCAAGAUGCCAGCUGCGGAUGUGGCUGAGGCACCAGCUGCAGCAGCUGGGGCCGCUCGCAGCCGCCGCGGAGCCCGGGCGACUGCCGCCUCUGCGGAGCCAGAGCCAGCGGUCAGCGAGGAGCCAUCAGCGCGGCAGGAGCAAGCACAGGAGGCAGAGCAGCAGCAGCCAGCUGCGAAGAGGGGCAGGGGACGCAAGGCAGGACCGGGGCGCAAGCGCAAAAAUGAGGAGGCGGAGCCCUCCGCGCAGCCUUCCGACGGCCUGCAGACUUCUACCCACAGCCGGCGGGGCGGCAAGGCCGGCAAGGCAGCCUCCACCGCCGGGGCUGAGGAGCCUGACACAGAGAUUGCUUCUGCGCCAGCGAUGGCUGAGGAGGCGACUGCUGAUGCAGGCAUGGGCGAUGCAGCUGCUGACAGCCUGCCGCGGCCAGAGGAGCAGGCUGCUACAGUGCCAGCAGCAGAGGAGAGCUCAGAUGCUGCCAUGGUAGACGUGGCUGAGGCAGAUUCGGCAGCUGCUGCCGAUGAGCACGGCGCGUCGCCUGGGCCUGAGCCGGAGGCAUCACCUGCGGCAGCACAGGCAGGAGUUGUUGGCAGCGGGGAGCUGGCGGAGCAGGCAUCGCCGGCCGCUCCCAUCCCAGCAGAUGCCGAGGUGCCAGAGGCGGUGCCUGCGGCAGCAGUGCCAGAGGAGUCACCGGCUGUAGAGGCUGCGCUGGGUAGUGCGGAUGAGGCUGCCGCUGUUGGCGAGGAGAGGCAGCAGCAUCAGCCCCGCCCCUCUUCCGCCGGCUACCAGACAGCUGGCUCUGUGCCAGAUGAGCAUGAUGACGAGGAGGACGCAGCAGCAGCAGCGGGCGCUGCUGCCGACAAGGCAGCAGCUGCAGCGUUGCCAGCAGUCGAGGAGGAGGCAGACCGGCCCAGCGGCGCUGCCGGCAUGGCAGAGCAGCAGGCAGCCACGGGUGCGGCGGAGGAGGAGGUUGAGGAGGAGGGGACUGCAGGGGCUGAGGAGGAGCAGGGCACGGCAGCGGCGAGCAGCGGGGCAGAGGACGCGCAGCCGGCUGCUGCUGCGGCAGCCAGCGGCGCAGGCGGCGGCAUCACAGCCAACCUGGUCGCCUCCAUCCGCUCCUUCCUGCCCAUGGCAAAGCCCGCGCCGCCCGCACCCACUGCCGGCGCCAGGAAGCCGCCGCAAAAGCUCAAGGCGCUGGAGGCGGCCGAUGCAGCGCGCCGCAAGGAGGCGGAGCGGCAGGCGGAGCGGCAGCGCCAGAAGGCGGAGGUGGAGCGGCAGCGCCAGGAGCGCGUCAAGGCUAAGCAGGAGGACGAGGCGCGGCGAGUGGCCGAGGAGGCCAAGCGCAAGGAGGAGGCGCGGCUGAAGCGGGAGCAGGAGGCGGCCCAGCGCAGGAAGGAGCAGCAGGAGGCUGAGCGGCGCGAGCGGGAGGAGAAGCAGCGGCGCAUGGAGGAGAUGCGGCGCCGCAAGGAGGAGGCAGCCGCCGCGGCAGCAGCCGCAGCCGCAGCUCCCAAGCCGGCCGCCAAGCCUCCUGCCGCGCUCGCCGCUGCGGCAGCAGCGGCGGCGGCAUCGGGGUGUUCCCUCCCCUCGGCAGCGGGCGAGAACCGGCCGCUGAACAGCAGCGUGCCCACCACGCUGGCGGAGGCCAAGCAGCGGCUGCAGCGCAUCCAGGAGGCCGCCAUCCAGCAGGCGGCGCAGCAGCAGGGCGGCGGCGGCGGCGGCGGCGGCGGCGGCGGCGGCGGCAACGCCUCCGGCCACUCUGUCAGCAGCAAGCCCCUGGAGCUGAAGCCGCUGGCGCUGGGCAGUGGCAAGCCGCCGGCGGGGCCCAGCGGCAGCCAGCCCGGCGCCGGUGCGGGGCCCAAGUUUGGCGUGCCCGCUGCGCUGCCCGCCGCGCCUGCUGCUGCCAGCACCGCCACCACCACCGCUCGCGCGGGCAGCCAGGAGCCUGGCGGGCCGCAGACGUACGAGAUCUCGCCCUACAAGAGCGACCACGACUCCGAGGACGACCAGCCCAAGAAGCCGGUGCCGGAGUGGGCACGCGGCAGCCAGCUGCGGGCGCAGCUGGUGGCGCAGACGUACGUGGACCCCGACGAAAUAUUCCAGCAGCACCAGAAGACCUGCUCCCUGGAUGAGGUGUUUGCCAACGGCAAGAGCAAGCAGGACCUGUCGCGGCGCACCAGCAGCGGCAACUGGAUUGAGGACAGGGUGACGUGGAAGGAGGAGAUGAGCUACAAGCGGGCUAUGGGCUUCCUGUGA